AUGAGGUGGCUGGGGGAGCAAAGGAAGCUGCUUUUUAAUGAAGGCUACAGUGCUGUCGUGGUAGAAACCUUGUUCUGCUCUGGCUGCUCGAGGACACUUGGAAACAUCUACACGUGCACCCCAAAGCAUCUUGACUACAAGAGGGGUUUGUUCUGUUUCAGCGUUGAUUCUAUUGAAAGCUAUAUUCUAGGAUCCUCAGAAAAGCAAGCUCUUACUGAUGAGGAGCCGCUGACUCUUGAAAGUCAAGCUGUCUUGCAAGAGGUGCUGGAAAGGGCACACACUAUAUUAAAAGCUCUGGAGACAAGACUGACAGCUAUUGAGUCGUGUGUGGCUCCUCUGUCCAAGAAAGUCUGAAAGAAAUUACAUGUUUAACUGCUGAAGACUGGAGAAAGUGAAACUUGUCCUUGUAAUCCUCUGGGAUCAGUGGAAACAUUGGAAAAGCUGUCAGAGAGCUGAAAGACAUGAGUGGCUCAUGCUGUAGUGGAACAGUGCUGAGUAAGCAUCCUAGCCAUCCUAGCCAACCUCUUCUUUCUCUUAAAAGGAUACCCCAGAUAGAAAUAGAUUGUUUUUUUUCUUAAGCAAGACUUGUGAUAAAUCAAUCUGUAGACUUCUGGUUUAAUGUAAAUAUUUAUUUAAAUUUUUCUCUCUGAAAGCAAAGAAUUUAUCUCCUGACUUCCCUGAUAUUCAACAUCUACUGAACUGGGUGUGCAUUUUCCUAAAUCAAUGCAAAACCUCCCUGUGAUGCUGUGAUGUCUGAAGGAACAACAUUAAGUCACUUUUCGCUAUCUUGUCUCCACAGCCUUUGCUCAACUCAUGCUCAGAGACAGGAAUGGGCCAAAAACUAUGGUUUUGUGGUUUGUUAGUUUUGUGAGGUUUUUUUACAAGUUCAAAGCUAAAAUGU